UACAGAUUCCGUGUGAGUGCGCUGCGAGUUGAAGAGACAGACAGACGGACACUGGACGCGACCGCUGGACCUUACUGACCGACACAUUUCAGUAUUGUUUCUGACCGUAACAAUAAGAAGAUGCCACUGGGAGAUGAUUGCCAUGCCUGGAAAAAGAAGACCACAGAUGUGAAGGAUCAGUAUGACUUCAAAGAGAUCCUGGGAACUGGAGCUUUCUCUGAGGUGGUCCUGGCUGAGGAGAAGAGGACCCAGAAGUUGGUGGCUAUCAAGUGCAUCCCCAAGAAGGCUUUGGAGGGGAAAGAAAACAGCAUUGAGAAUGAGAUAGCAGUCCUUCACAAGAUUAAACACACCAACAUCGUGUCUCUGGAAGAAAUAUUUGAAAGUAAAUCACACCUCUACCUUGUCAUGCAACUGGUGUCUGGUGGGGAGCUCUUCGAUCGAAUCAUAGAGAAGGGCUUCUACACAGAAAAAGAUGCCAGUAAGCUCAUUCAGCAGAUUUUGGAUGCUGUCAAAUACCUCCACGACAUGGGCAUUGUGCACCGUGAUCUCAAGCCAGAGAAUCUGCUGUACUACAGCAUGGAUGAAGACUCCAAGAUCAUGAUCAGUGACUUUGGUCUGUCUAAAAUUGAGGGCUCUGGCAGCGUGAUGUCGACAGCCUGUGGAACACCUGGAUAUGUUGCCCCUGAAGUGUUGGCUCAGAAACCCUACAGUAAAGCAGUGGACUGCUGGUCUAUUGGCGUCAUAGCCUAUAUUUUGUUGUGCGGAUAUCCUCCGUUCUACGAUGAGAAUGAUGCCAAACUGUUUGAACAGAUCCUGAAGGCAGAGUACGAGUUUGAUUCUCCUUACUGGGAUGAUAUCUCUGAUUCAGCUAAAGACUUUAUAGUCCACCUGAUGGAGAAAGACCCCAACAUACGUUACACCUGUGAUCAGGCUCUGCAGCACCCCUGGAUUGCUGGGGAUACUGCUCUGGAAAAGAACAUCCACGAGUCAGUCAGCGCUCAGAUCAAGAAGAACUUUGCUAAGAGCAAGUGGAAGCAAGCAUUCAACGCCACAGCAGUGGUCCGUCACAUGAGGCGUCUGCACCUGGGAACCAGUAGCGAGGGACCCAACCCCAACCUGCCCAGUCCGUGCCGAACUCAUCUGCUGGAGGGAGACGCAGAAGCUUGCUGUGAAGGAGGUUGCUCUCAGAAUGUCGACGGAGGAGCCGACCAUCUGUCCAACUGCACCUACCGCUGCCACCCGACCAGCAGGGUGUGACUCCCGCUCCUGCUCCACUUACUUGCCUAAUCAAUCCCAGUGACUUUCCAGUUUAAACCCCCUCGGUGGCACCAGAGGCACCAUCUCCCCCCUUAUCUGGUUAGGAAUACAGCGUCAUUCCAACCUCUCGCCUGCAGGGGGAGCAAGCCUGUCCAGCCUGAGAAGGGAAGAAGAAAAAGGGAUGAAAGGAGGAAGAGGGAGACUUGAUGAUGAUGAUGCACCGGAGGAUUACUUUUACAGACUGGGCUGGUAGUUUGGGAUAUGUUGAAAUGGGGAGAGGAUACAAAGGAAGGAGGGGAAGAUAACCUCCUCCACCAGCAUGUCAGGGGGAUUGUUUUUUGCCGAAGCAGGGCAGAGCUUGUUGGACACUGUUUUUACUCUUGAUUUUUUUGAUUCGACUUGUCUCUUUGUUUUAUUGUUUAUUGUUUUAUAUAUUUUUGUGUUGUCUCUUUUAUCUUCCCACUGUGGAGAGUAAAUCCAGAGACAAUAUCCGCAUGAUCAGGAGAGAGUUUCCACCAUGCAUGUUUUCUCUUUGAAAUAUACCCUGUUGCAGAAAUGCAGUAUCACAGUACGAUGCAAGUGAUGGAACACAAAGUUGUUUAAGCUGGAAAGACAUAAAACAUUUUGAUAUGUUGCAGUAUUUGAGAAGAAAUUGGGUCAAAUCUUGUAAUUUUACAGAUCUGAAUUCUGUGUCUUUAAGUCGUGCUUUUAGACAAUCAGUAACACAAUAGUUUAUGCAAUGAAAACUCCAUCAGUCUACUAUGUAGCCUUUCCUGUGGCGAUAUAGUGUUUCCAUGCAGCAGUUAGGCUUUUUGAGAGGAAAAAGGCUUCUCCCCUCUCUGUUUUUAUCCCCCCGUACCUCUUUAACCACACGAGCACAGGGAUAUAUCUUUGUCUAAGGUGCCUUUAGGAUAUACAGUAUGAUGAGUUUAUCUUCGGGUAGCUUCUGAAAUGUUUUGUCUGUUUCGUGCUGCACAGACUCAGUAACUUCAUAUUUUGUAUGUAUCAUAUUCCCAGCUUGAAAAUGCAGCUUUUAUGCUUUUUGUCUCAAAGUUAAGUACUGUAAUUUCAGAAAGGAGGUCUGCAUUACCUAGGCAAAAUAAAAAAUAACAUCAACAUCACAAUAUGAAACAAUAAUAUUGUUAAAACAUUCCUGGAGCGCUUCACCAGGACUGUCAUUUAUUUAUAAAAAAAAAAAAAAACAACUGAUUGAGCUAAACAAUUUCAAAUAAAUGUUUUAUAGAAAUAUUCUUUGUAUUUGCCAGCUCCCUCAAUGACACACGUUGUUCAUGUAUAUCAGUACAAAAACUACAGUACAUUACGUGCAAAAAAAACUUGUAUUUUCAAGCCUGAAAUAGCAGUGAUCACUAUGCUCCACCAUACUUAAGACUAGGUUUCUUUGUGGGAUUAAUUAGGUUUUGUGAAGGCAAAAAAAAAAAAAAAAAACUGCAACCAAAAUUUGAUAUGCAUCGUCACCAUGUACUGUAAUCGUACUAUCAUUACAACCCUUUCUUCUUACAUUCUUUCACAGGCACGUUUCCUCCACAUGCAGCCUGUUUAGAAAGGAAACCUGGAUGAAAGAAUGUAAAUAUGCAUCAGAUUAACACACUUCAUCUUUCAUGUACAUCCAUCGGUGCUUUUUAUUUGUGUGCGCACAAAGAGUAUGUAUUCAUUUUCAGUUCAUCAGUUCUUUAAAAACAUGCAUAGACACGCUUACGGCAGAGUUGGCUCUUUUACAAUGUAAAUUGUUCCGAGGAGAAUGGUGUUGAAUGUCAGCUGUAAAGAAACUUAACACACAUUUGUUUAAAUCCUCUGUACUUCAUUUUGGAGCUGGUUACAGUCUGACAGAUCUCCACUGAGGUGUUGAAAGUGAUGCUGAAAUCUUCCAUCGACUUGAGCUUCAUCCAUCCUCUGAUCACCUGCCUUCUCGUCGACAGGAUCAGUUUCUUUUUAUAUUUUUUAUUCUCUCUAAUGCAGCAGUAUGGACUUUUGGUACUGAUUUGUGUGUCAAUCCCAUGAUCAGCAGUGAAUAGUGUGUAAACUACUUUUGAUAAUGGAACAGUUGCCAUAAAAUGAGUGCUGGUAAGAGAAGAGAUUUUGCUAAGAGUUUUACUCUUUUUAACAACAUUAAAAUUAUCUUUAAAAGUUUGAAGACUAACAAAAAGUUGUGAUAAUGUAUCAAAAGGUCAAAAAGUUCAAUGUGCUGCUUCAAAAAAUUUUAGCUUUAUUCUGCAUUCCUAUUGGCUAGACGUUGUAGUGUAUUUGGACAGUAAUGUUACUGGUGACUCCAAACUGUAAAGCGUAGUUAAAUGAGUGAUUUAUUUCUCUGGGAUUUUCAGUGUGAAUUGUUUGUGCUUCAUGGAUUACAGCGACAGAGGAAGGCCCCCACAGUCUUUCAUUAAUGCCAGCAGACUGACAAUAUCACAAUUCAUCUCCUGAUAACAAAAACAACUCUGCUAAUUUGACAUAAAGCCACAAACACUGUCAUUAAUCUCCUGCCGGCUGAUUCAGCUCCUGUAAUUUGCCUACUGAUGAUGAUUAAUUUUAUUGGAUUACUAUGCAGAGUUUUCCACACACUCAGUCCCUUCUAGUUCAGCACACUCAUUUCCAAAAGUAUUCAAACUAAAAUCUAGAGGAAGUGAAAUCUUUUACAGUUCAUUGCUGUGAGUAGUCUGAAUGUUUGCUCUUGUUUUGUUCUUAACCUGGAAACGGAAAACUUAAGAUUUUUACAUUCCAGUGCAAUGAAACAAGUGACGAUGUGAUACAAGUUGUAUCCAAUUACCUCACCACUCAACCACCUUGGUAGGAAAAAAGCAGGAGAGACACUGUGUUACACUGUGUAUCUCUUUCAUAGAUUUGACAGUGCAUCAGCCUGAAGGAAAGUGACUUGUAUAACGGUUUCUCCUUUGAUCGCUCAUCUGUAGAGAGUGACAGAUGUGUGAUCAGAUUUGUUGUAAAAACAAUGAGUAUUUGUACCAUAAAUAUGUUGCCUUUUAAGAGAUGCUGUUUCUGGCUACAGUACCUACUGUAUCAAUGCAUCAUGGGUUGUUGAAAAGUGACUAUACUGCUCGGUGUGAAAGUCAGUGACUUGUGCUUGAAACAGAUUUGUAAGUGAAACAUACAUUAAAAUCCCUGUCUAUGCA